AUGAUGAUGCUGAAGACAACUAUCAUCAACAUCACCACCAACUACAGCAGCAACAAUUGUGACAACCAACAACAACAACAACCGAAUAGCCACAAAAUUGUAGAUUAUACAACAACACUAACAGAUGAACAUUUGGAUCUAUUGAAAAAUAUUAAAUUAGAACCAAACGAAGAAGAGGAAGCAGAAGCAGGAGAACACCAAGCCUUAACAACUACAACAGCAUCAGCAGUGGGAGAAGAAGUAUUAACAUUAGAAAAGGAAAAACAGGAAUUCAUACAGCCAGAGGAACCACAAAGAGAAGACGAGGAAGAAGGAGAAGAAGAAGUUGAACAUCACAGUCCAAGAAAUUACAACAACAAUAAACAUUUAACCAAUCAUAACGACGAUAAUCAAAAUAUCGAUGAGGAGGAACAGCAACAGCAGCAACAAGAACAAGAGGAAACCGAUAAACACACAACAAAACUAAAUAAGAAGGGAAAGGACGAAGCAACAAGUGAUCAUCAGGAAGUGGUGGUGCGAACUGCUGUUGUGGAUGUAAAAAAGGAUACACCACCUACUCAUCCAGGACAAAUUUCCGCCACACAAUUACAUUUGCUAUCGGAAAAACUAGCCAAACACAAUAACCACACAAUAGCGGCAGCAGCAGCGGCGGCGGCCUCAGCUUCGACGGGUGGCGCAUCUUCUCUAACACAAUACCAUCGUAAUCACAUCGAUGAAGAAGAGCCCGUCUUAAGUCCCGAAGAUAAGGAGAAUUUUUGUCGUGCUCUGGGUGUAGUGCCCACAGAAAGUUUACAUUUAUUUUUGCCACAAAAUCACCACCAUCAUCAUCAUAACGAAUCGGGUGGAACGGUAGCAGCAGUAGCACACACUCAUCACCACACUGAUCCAUUGGUGACAAGUGUAUCGGCAAUAAAAAAAGAAAAAGACAAGAAAAAAACAACAACAACAGUAUCUGCUAUAAAGCAGCAGGAUAUGGCACCAGCUACAAAUAUGAAAUUACCAGGACGUCAAACAAAUAAUUCUCUUUCCUCGCUAACAGGCAACAUCUUUAUACCGCCUGCCUUGCAAGAUUCCUCUUCAGCCGGUGGCGGCACCGGCACAACAUCUUCUUCCAACACCACAACAAAAGCAGCCGUAGGAGGAGGACGUAAAUCAAAAUCGAAUUCCAAAGCAAAUCAAGAGACACCGGCUUCAACGACAGCAUCGGCAGCGGAUACAUCUAAAGAAGAUGAGACCAGCAACACCAUUAACACAAAUUCCAAGACCAACAUCUCUUCACAGAGUUCGGAAAAAAGUGCCGAUGACUUUACCGAAAUGGAGGAGGUGUUACAAAUUGGCAUGCACAAAGUACUGGUCUAUGUGAAAAAUCAUCGUGAUGCCUGGCCGUUUAUGGAUCCCGUGGAGGAGGAUAUUGCACCCAGAUAUUAUUCCAUAAUUAGGAGGCCCAUGGAUCUCCUCAAAAUGGAAGACAAACUGGACAAUGGCGAAUAUCAGAAAUUCAGUGAUUUUCGCAAUGAUUUCAAAUUAAUUGUAAAUAAUUGUCGGUUAUAUAAUGGCAAUGAUAAUGAAUAUACCGAAAUGGUAAAUAAACUACAAGAGGCCUUUGACAAAGCCACCAAAAAAUAUUUCGAUCAUCUAUCCGACGAUGACGAGGAUGAUCCAAAUUUAAGUUAUCCGGCGGCUGAUUCCAAAAUGAAUGUAUUUCGUGAGAAGUAUUUCAAUAAGAAGGCCAAAGAUAAGGAGAAUCAAGAUACUACUAUGACCAGCAGCAGUGGUGGUGGCAAUAAAAAAUCGGGACAUAAAUCUCAGGAACGUAAAAAUAAACAUGCAAAAAAAUCAAAUAAUAAUGAUGACGGCGACGAAGAAGACGAUGAAGGAGGAGAACAUCCACAGCAUCAUCAUGAACAUGAACACGCCGGUGACCCAGCGGCGGAAGAUUUGGAAGGCGAAAAUGGUGAGCAUAAAUCGUCAAAACGCAAAAAGAAAGAUAAAGACAAAAAACGUAAACGAAAAUCAAAAUCAAAUAAAAAAGGUGAUAAAUCAAUACAAAGCGGCGACGAGGAGGAAGAAGAAAUGGAUGUGGAUGAAGAAGAGGCGGCGGCAGCGGGGGAUGAUCUGGAAGAAAGUCGCAACUCUUCAAAGAAGUCAAAAAGUUCCAAAGAUUCCUCUUCGAAGAAAGAUCGAAAAUCGAAAAAAUCCAAAUUGGGUAAAUCGAAGAAAUCAUCCAAGAAAAAGAGUUCCGGCAGUGGCAGACAAAAAGAAGAUGAAUAUGAUUUUUCGGAAGAGGAAAAUAUGCUGGAGAUGGAGUCCGAAGAAGAACCACCUGACAAUGAAGACGAGGAUGAAAGUUAUGAAAUGAAGUCGUCGACAAGUAAACGUGCGAAGAAUAAGACAAAAGAAAACAAGACAAGUAGCAAAUCCAAUCAAAAGAAAAAGAAUUCAGGGAAGAAGAAGGAAAAGAAACCGAAAACUAAAACGAAAGGUCGGGGCAAAAAUUCCUCCAAAAUGACAGAAUCCGAUGAGGAGGAGGACGAAGAUGAGUCAUCAAGUGAUGAAGAAGCCGGAUUACCACAGGAUGAACUUGAGGAAGAACCUCCACCGCCACCACCACCGGCAACACCCAAGGCAUUGAAUAAACGGAAAUCUUCAAUACCCUCCAACAAAGAUCUUCCACCUCCGGCCGUGGCCGCUUUGGAAGCAUCCGCCUCAGAACUGGAAGAGGAAGUUCACGAUGAUGAUGACGACUCGCGUAGUAUGUCACCGUUUAAAGUUGAUCUACACAAAAAAUACUCAAAAAGUGCCCUUAACGAUGAUCUAUCGGAAUUGUUGACAACGGUCAAGAAAGUGCAAAGCACCCAAUCAAAUGUUGCCCCAGCAGAUUCCGAUAGAGAGGAUUUCAAAUCGAUAACUAGUCAUAGCUCAGAAGAGGAGCAGGAGGAAGAAGAAUCGCGUGAACCUACGCCAGAACCACCCAAAAGAAGGGGUGCAACCGGCGGACGUAGAGGAGGCGCGCGGGCCACUAACAACAGUAAAGCAAAGGAAACUAAACGUAAACGUUCCAUAUCCUCUUCGUCAUCGUCUGUGUCGAAUGAUAAAAAGAAAAAGGAUCCGGAAAAAGAUGCAGCAGCAGCUGCUGCAGCGGCUGAACAAGCCGAGCUGGAAAUGCUACUGCCUUUCCUGGAUAAGUAUGAGCUAAUUAAAUAUCGUAGAAGUAGAGCUUUGUUAAAUCAACAGAAUACAGAGACCAAACCAGCUGCAACCAGUAGAACAAAUAGUUCACGUAAAAAAGAUUCAGCUGCGUCGAAAAGAUCAGAGGUAGAUAAGACACCAGAUAAGCCGGCAGAGACCACCACGACCACUGGUAGGGGUAGGAAAUCUCGUGACAACACCAAGAAAGCCAAGAAAAUUUUAGAAAAAUCUUUGAAUAAAGAAGAAAAGACAAAAGAUGUGAAAACACCAUCUGCAGUGACCAGUAAACCUGAGGAGGAUGAAAUGCUCACCAAUAAAAAAGAAAUUGCCCCAGUCGCAACGACAAAAGCGGAGGUACAGGAAGAAAAGAAUUAUUUAGAAAAAGAAGAAAUACCAAUACACGAAGAAAAAUUGUCCUCCCAGCCAGCCAUUGAAGAUAAGACCCCCAUAACGGAGAAGGAGGAAGUAAACGCACGAGUAGCAACUCCAACUCCACCCAUAACCGAAAAUAAAGACAAGAAACCUUUAACGGCUGUUGACAAAUUACCACCCAAGAAGAAGGACAAAUUAAAGGCUUUUGUAAGGGAACCAACACCACCACCUCCAUUAGAAAUGGAAGUGGCGAAUGAAGCUCCACUACAAGUUCCCCUACCCGAAGUAGUAAUAGAACCACCCAAAGUGGAAGAACUGAAGAUCAUCGAGGAAAAACCGCAACCACCUCCACCACCCAAGAAAGCUUUACAAAAGAAGGCCUCAGCCACAAAUCAAGCGGGAGGUGGUGGUAAAAGGGGCGGAAAGAAUAAUAAAAAUAAUUCCAAUAAUACCACCACUAAUUCCUCAUCAGCCAAUAUGGAAGCCUUGGAUGUGGAGACCGAACAAACCCUCAAGGACAUCAAUCGUUGGCUGGAGCACACCCCACGUUUUUCGGAAUUCUCUUCAGCCUCAAAUUCGCCAUCACGAUAUAUGAUGGAUGAUUUUGAUGCUACAAUAUCGGCAAAAUUGGAAGAGCCAGCCGGAGCCAAGGAUGAUCUUAUGCCGGUAAAGCUGCAAGAAGCCUUCGAUGAACUGGUGGCCGACAACAACUCUUCGUCUGAUUCGAAUUUACCAAAGAAAGAUAUACUCAAUGAAUUGUUACCCACAGCCACUAGCAUGGUCAGGGCAACCUCACCUCCCCAUUCCACCACAUCAGGUCAUUCUGUGGGUAGCACAUCAGUGAAUGCCUCAUCGAAUUCAUCGUCGAUAAAUGCUCCCUCUAUAGCGUCGUUGAAUUCGGUGGCAGCAGCCAAUACACCAUUGUUGAUUCCCCCACCCACCACCAUAGCUCCUUCUCUGACCACGGUGACAAUGCCCAAGCCCAAGGAGCCCUCAACGACACAACUCCUACUACAUCCACCACCACCGCCACAUAUCAAAAAACAAAUGGCCAAGGAGGAUAAGAGGAAGUCGUUGAAGGAAAAGCUACAAGCCUCCUCGAAUUCCCGGCGAAAGGAUAAUCUCCUUAGGACCAUAGACCGGCUGCAACCUGGCAAAGCCAAGGGCAAUUUAAUACAAAAUGUUAAUAAACCUGAUGAGCUAUUUGCAUUGGGGCCCAAUGCAUCUGGUGGUCCCAUUAAGACGAAGGAAAUUAAAAAUGCCCUGAUUGUGGAGACGGCCGACAAUGUACCCAAACUAAGUUUGGGUUCCGUGAUAAAAACUGACGAUUUUUCCAUUGGUUCGACGCCCUCGUUCAUUGAUGAAUUGGCCAGUAAAACGGUAAACAAAGCUGCAUUAAGUCCUGCCUUGGGUUUGGGUGGUGACAAGGAAAAAGAUGACAAAGAGGAUCAAAAAUCAAAGGAUCAUGUAUUGGAAGGUCUAUUGCCUUUUCCAAAGGUAGCAACAUCAUUGUCUUCUGGUGAUAAAGAAAAACUUGAUGAGGAAUUAAAAGUCGGUGAUAAACCCAGGCCUUUUGAGGCCUUAUUGGUGGCUGCAAAAACAUCAACGGCAAAGGCAACAGAUGUUAAUGUCAAUGCCACCACCGCCAACACAGGUGGUGAGGGUAAAUCGUCGACCAAGGAGAAACCAAAUUUAAGCGCCUGGUUUAAGGCAUUUGGGGCUCCAAAGAAAUGCAAAAAGUCAGAAGAAGAAGAAAAACAAAAUCCAGAUGCAGCUGGUGCAGAUGAAAAGGGUUCAGAUAAAUCUGCUGCAGCAGGAGGGGUACUUGGUGGUGCAUGUAACUCCACCAUAGGUUUGGCUACAAAUCCAGCCAAUAAAAGUCCGACGACAGCAGGAGCCGCCCCCAGCACCUCCUUAAUUGGUGACACGUUUUCAUUGCCCUCUGCACCACGGCAACGCAAGGGUAGUACGGGUAGCACCAUUUCCGAGCGGUCUAGUUUUAGUCAAGAUCCUGAUUCACCACGUAUUACCAUUGAGGAUCGUUACGGCGGCUAUAACACGGGAAGUUAUACAUCUCCAAUUGGAGCAUCUCCAAUAGGCGCAUCGCCCAUUAUGGUUUCACCCAAACCGGAUGAAAUAACAAAACCUUCCUCACCCUAUCCCCUGAAUGGUACAAUCAAAGUUAACUUUUAUCAAGACACCACGACGAAAAGUAGUCCCGAUAAGAGUUGUAGUCCCCGCGAAAUGCCCUCACCUUAUCCUCAGUAUUCCCAGCAUAUUUAUUCAUCGGCCUCAUCGCCAAAUGUUUCGACACCGGAGUUAAGUGGCACUUCACCAUAUGGGGGUGCAAAUAGUUACAAUCCUUCGGGUUCAGAGGCCUCGAAGACACCGGUCUAUUCCUCCACAUCACCAUUGCCGAAUUUGUAUGAUCAAUAUAAGCAACCACGUAGCCAGGAAUCGGAUUAUAAUAGUUCAAUGAGUCCCAGUACACCCAAUCCACAUUCGCCUUAUCAGCAGAAUCAGAAUUCACCAUAUGCCACGCCGCACACCACACCCCAGCCACAUCAGAGUCCUUAUCAUCCACCCAAUUCACCUUAUCAAGGAGCUGCAUCUUCUGCGGGACAGGGACCACAACAACAAUCCCCCUAUGGUGCUGCUGGUGGUGGCACGGCAACACAUCCGGGAACAUUGGCCCACAGUCCGGCCCAUACACCACAGAUAACUGGUGGUGGAGUUGCUGGUGCUUCUGGUUCAUCCAGUGUACAUUCACCGUUAAAUCAACAACACAGUCCAUUACCCAACAUUGAUUCGCCAGCCUCUUCGGCUGCCACUCAACCACCCACACCCUUGGCUAAUUCACCGGCUGAGCAAUCACAACAAAAUUCACCCUAUCAACAACCCGUUAUGUCACCGUAUCAACAACAACCACCCAGUGUAGGUACACAGCCUCAGCAAGCAGUGGCCCAAACUCCUCCCCAACCACCCACAUAUGGCCAGUCUAAUAUGACAAGUCAUAAUUAUCAUGGCUUAGGUGGCGGCAGCAGUUAUGGCAAUGAUUUGACAAAGGAUCAGCAGCAGCAACAAAAUUCAAAUCUUUAUAAUACAAAAAUGGAGAAUUCCACGUCCUCGGUGGGUGGAUCUCAAUCUGCUUCUUCUUUGGGUGUCAAUUCAAAUGCCUAUCAACAACAUCAAGUCUCUCAACUGCACAAUCAAAAAGAAGAUGCCUCUUCUAAUGCCUCCCAAAACCCCUCAGCUGAUAGUCUACAAAAUCUCUUCAACUCGACAAUGCUAAGAGGUGGACCCCACAGCAAUGAGAAUAGUAACCUGAGCGAUAUAAAUAAGUCAUCCACAGCAAGGACUAAUGAUUGGAGGGAUAGCAACUCCGCCACCACCACCACUAACAACAACAAUAAUAGUAACAAUAACAGUAGCCAACUCGGUCAGCAUCAGCCAAUGGCGACUAGUAAUCAAAAUUCUCAGUCAUCUAAUAGCCAGCAACAUGUCAAUCUUUUAUCGCAUUUGAAUAGCCAACAGUCGAGCUCACAACAACAACAGCAACAGCAUUCUUCAUUGUUAUCCAACAAACCCAGCUAUCCUACCUAUGCCCAAUAUCAAGCGGAGGCGGCGGCUAGUAAGAUGUUGGCGGCCAACAGUAACACCACAACGGAGGAUACUCUCAAAGAUACUCAGAAAUCGAAUUCCACUGCUUUCAGUGCAGCUAAUCAUUACGGUUUAAAUACUAAUUCCAGCAACACUACUAACAACAACAACACAAAUAGCAAUACUGCUGGAGGUGGUGCUGCUGGGACGGGCGAUAUGGCAGCAUUUAUGCAGCAUAUGCAUCAACAGGUACAGGCCCAUAAAAGUUCAUUGAGUACAGCUGGAACGACGGCGACAAAUACACAACAACAGCCACAACAACAUGGACAACAAUCACAUACACAACAACAUCAACAACAAAUUGGACAACAAGUUGCCCAGCUGCAGCCCAACACCUUGAAACGAAGUGCCGACAAUCUGCUAGAAAUGGAUUUUGGCACGGCCAGGAAACAACAAAAAUGUGAAGAUACCAGCGGCAGUAAUUCGGCACGACUGGGCCAGCAAACGAAUAGCAAUACAACAACAAAUGUUACACCACAACAACAGCAGCAACAGCCACAUCAGCAGAGUACAUUAUCGAGCCAGGAUCCCCAACAACAGCUAUCGAAAUAUUCUCAAAUGUUCGAUUCGUUUUUGGGUUCCAUGGCCUUUGGCAAGCAUUUUGGUAAUAUAGCUCCCGAGAAGGCAUUUGCCAUGUAUAAUCAGGCGGCAUCGUUGGGUUUCCCCAAGGACUAUACCAAAGACAACCAACAGAAUGCAGCAACAUUGCAACAGCAGCAGCAACAACAACAAAAAUCUCAAAUGCAAUCAGAAACAAAUAAACAACAACAGCAGCAACAACAUUUGAAUGCCAGUAGCCAUUUGAUGCAUCAACAACAGCAGCAGCAAAGCGAACAACAACAACAACAUACGCUGCAGCAGCAACAACAAUCGAUGCAACAACAGCAACAAAAUAAAACAGCAUUGGAUAUAUUAAAGGCCAGUUUGAAUUACAAUACCCUGCAAAAUACGAAUCCAACAACAGCCAAUAGCAGUUUACAACAAAUGCAACAACAACAACAAAUGGCACAACAACAGCAGAAGACCGCAGACAGUAUGCAGCAACCUUUGAAUAUGUCCAAUAACGAUAACACCUAUAUGCAACAACACAGUCUUUAUGGCAGCGCCAACAACAAACUAACACAAAACUCUCAACAACAUCAACUCAGUUACGGCCAACAGCAACAAUCACAUCAACAACAACAACAUUCGAAUAGCAGUGAUAAAAAUUCCACCAGCUCCAGUUCCCUCUCCUCGACAGGCGCCACAAAUCAUGAUUCCAAUUCAACAUCAAAUUCAUCAACUUCCAACAGUACUCUUCUAUCGGCCAUGACCUCGUCCUCGGCUGCCAGUCAUCAUCUAUCACACACACAUCAUUUGGCGGCCUAUAAUAAACCCACACCUCCGCCACCACCAACACAGACCUACAACAAUCCUGCCUCGUCUCUGCUACAUCCCCUGGCUACAAAUUAUUAUGAUAAAACCAUGCCGCCGGCGGCCCAUAGUACCUAUAGUACAUCUAGCAGCAGUGCCAGCAUUUACGGUAAUCCGCAUCAAAUGCCCACGGCGGCAUCAGCCACAACAAAUUAUUUACAUAAUUUAAGUGGAGCCCCACAACAACAACAACAGCAGCAACAGCAACAGGUUGUUGAGCCACAAAAACCAGCCCCAGCCAAAAGGGGACGAAAGAAGAAGGCAUCCACAAUUGCAGCGGAGCAGGCGGCAGCACAAGCCAAAUUACAACAACAGCAGGCUCAAGCCCAGGCUCAGCAGCAGCAACAACAACAGUUACAGCAACAACAACAACACCAUCAGACACAGCAGCAACAUCAUCAAACCUCACAACAACAACAUCAUCAAAGCCAACAGCAACAACAACAGAAUCUUUAUAACAAUCCCGCCUCACAAAAUUCCAAUUCCGCAGCUGCCGUGGCCGCAGCAGCCGCCGCUGCAGCAGCUGUACCCACGCCCCAUCAAUUACAGGCUCUACAAAGUUUUCAACUUUAUGCCGGUCUUAAAUCAACCGGUGUUGGUUCACCAUUAUCCGCCAGCUCCAAUUCCACAAAUUCCUCCCUAACAACAUCGUCGUCCAGCUCAGCCUUAGAUGCUGCCGCUGCCCUAUCCCUGAAAACAGCCGCCGGAUUGGUACCCGGUAGUGCUUUCAAUUUCGGACACACUGCAGCCAGCACACUGGGCCUUUAUGGCGAUCAAACGGCCGGCUCCAGCUAUUUAGAUCAAUUUCGUGAUGCCCCCAACCCAUACUAUAUGGCACCCGCUCCCGCCCAUCGCAGCAGUAAUACUGCAAAUGAUGCCAGCAAUUCAGUGAGCGCCGCCAGUGUUAUGGAUAAGACGCAAUCGGCUUUAAGUCCCGCCGCAGCGGCAGCAGCUGCUGCAAAUCCUUACAGCUUUUUGACACAUCCUACCACACGGGCCGCUCCAUAUCCCUUUAUGAAUGCUGCCUCACAGCUAGACGGUAACAGUCAAUUGUAUCAACAAUAUUUCAGACGUGAUGAUUAUCGGAUGAUGUCAUUUCCAUCGUUGUUAACGGGACCGGCAGCAGCAGCUGCGGCAGCGGGUUAUGGUCAACCACCGCCAUCGGCAUAUCGGCCAUCGACAUUGGGUAUACCCAAACCAUAUGAUGCUGCAAAUCCACGUUCAUGGUUCUAGCAGUGCGCCCAAGGCGGG